CUUUGCCGUGUCUCAAGGCGCGCGCAUCAGGUAGCCUUGACCAUAUAAACCAUCCGGAUUUGGGAAUAAUAAAACGCACAACCAGAACAUAGUGAAAACCGGUGAAGCAAGCAAGCAAGCCUGCUGCAAAGCAAAGGACGCAAAUGCCACCGCAAUUGCAGUAGCAAUUAGCAAGAAUGGCCAACACACUGAGACCCUGGUUGAUCCUUGUCGUCCUCGUCCUGGGCGUGCUGGUUUGUCUGGGCACUUUCACGGAUGCCUACUUUACCAAGCCAGUGAGCCCCGACCACAACGCGCCUCCGGAGGAAUGGGCCAGAUACAACACAGCGCUGCGACACUACAUCAACCUCAUCAAUAGACAGAGGUAUGGAAAGAGAUCUGCACUUGAGUCAGCUCUGGGGUGGUUGCUGUUCAGAGAUGAGUCGGAAGGCGAUUUAACACAACGUUUGGGUGGCAGUGAUCUCGGAUAAAUCUGGGUCCCGUCUCACUGGCAUGCUGUUCCACUCAAAUGGUGGGCCUUACAACAACUCAAAUAGGCUGCUCAACUGGCAACCUUCACUGGACUGUGUGGCCCACUAUUUAUGUUCAACAUCUCUGUCUCUCUUUCUCACUCUCUCAUUCCAACACAUAAUUGUCUAUUUUUGGUUGUUGACAUAAUUUGUAAUUAAAUUCAACAAUGAAUAAUACAUAAAUGUGUUAUAAUACA